GACGCAGGGAUCAGUCAGUAGGGGUUGGCAGCCAUGACGUCAACACUGCCAUGUGAAAAACUCUGAGGCGCGAAAAGUGAAUGUUGCGAGCACGUCCAGUCAUCGCACCGCUGAUGGAAGCUGUGACGGAUGUGCAAUCAGUCCAUAUGUGCUGCCAAUGACUCAGCAUAACGUUCCCUUGCACCUGCUGCUGAGAAAACUAGAUCUGGUUUUCUUUUACCGCAAGGAAGGGAGCGCUGCAGGGAUGGACUGGAUCAACUGUAACCUCUGCUGCCGCCAACCGGGAGAUGACAGGGAGAGAACUUUCACUCUCAGCAGCUGCGGCCAUAUUUUCUGUGACCUGUGUCUGGCCAGGGUGGAAUCCCGAGAGAAGUGUGCUGUGUGCUCCUCCACGUGCCAGAUGAUGCAACUCUCCUCAAAGAUGAAACCAGAUGCUGAGAUGUUCUUCCAGGAGCCAGCAACAAUGAUCAAGAAACACUACACUCUCAUCACUCGCCUCCUCGACUUCCAGAGGGACCACCGCAUUCGCCUUGUGUCUUUUCAUAGGAAGAUUGUGCAGAAGUACUGGGAGCUGGAGAAGCAGAUGGCCAUGAACAAGAGCCAGGAAGCUGAGAAAUAUUCAGCUGCCAAAAACCGCAUCCAGGAACUUGAACGUGAGGUGCAGCAGCUGCGCAGUGUUAUAGCCUCCAUGGAGGGUGGUGCCCAAGCUGGGAAGACCCCAUCACCAAAGCAAGUGUCUCCCAGUGGCACCAUGAUCAGCCCUGGCCGCCUCACAAUGGUCAAGAAGAACCACGGCCCACCACCACCAGGGGUUCGAGGUGUCCCCAGCAUCUCCCCCACACCACCCUUCGGCCCAAAGCAAGGCAGCAAUAACAGAGGGAGGGCGUUCUCCCCUGUGGCUUGUCAGUACCUCCAGCCCAGGCCGCCUGAGGGUCCCCCACACCCCAUCCCAGGUAUUGGCUACUACAAGAACAUCAGCCCUGUAAUCUCAAGGAAGAAUUCUCCAGCAAGGAGCAUGCCAGGACACAUAAGCCAGCUGCCUGCACCAGCACCCAGCCAGGGACACUCAGGCACUCCAGGAUUCCGGCCCUUCAUGCACCCUUCCCAGCCCCAGCCCCGGCUACACACUCCCACCAGCUACCCUUCACCAGACCUGUACAGCCGGCAGCCCCUUGACUUUGCUACUUACAAGAAGUACGCCAUGUGAGGCCCACCACAAGUAUGUGUGUGUGUGUGUAGUGUGGUGAAGUAUACAAAGACCGGCUGAGGGAAGACAUUUAGUUUUUAUCCUUAGACCCAAAGAGCAAAUUCUGUCUUAUGUUCUACAAAGGUUUGAUCUUUUAUAUGCUGGUCCACAUGAGUGACUGAAAAUUUAAUUGUUUCAAUGUACAGAUCUGUAAAUGUAAUGAAGAUUUUCCAUUGUUUGCUGGACUCUGUGGUCUGUUAACAGCUUAUACAAAAUGUUAUGCAGGGAAUUUGUCACAUUUCAAAUUACUCUGUAAUUAUUUCAGCCAUACAAUCAUCACAGAGAAUGCUGAAAUUUGAAUUGGAAGCCACGUCAUCUGACAAUCUAGAAACCUCUGAUGUCAUACAAAUUAUGUCUAAUGAUUUGUCCAUUCUGUUGCUGUAAUUCAAUUGUCAGAGAGCUGCCCUUUCCAAGUAAGGCAGAUAUACUCUACAGAUGUACUUACUGAUUCAUGGCUAGUGUUUAGGUACCCACCAUAAGACAUGAUAACCUGUAUUAAUCACGCAGGAAAAUGUUAACAUCAAAACUAAUGCUGUGAUGAGAUUUGUAAAAUGUCUGAAAAGCUUUGAGGGAAAAGGUCAAGCACAUGCCAUAAUACUGAGGUCCUCAGAAAAAAUGUAUUAAAACUUUACAGGUUUAUUUGUUGCUAUUUACAAGUCUGUAUUUACAUAAUCACAAAUAGGAAUAUGUAAUGAAAGAUGCUCACUGAAUCACAUUAAAAACCAUAACAAAGAA